AAAUAGCAGAUUGUUUAUAAAAAGAAAACGGAAAUCAGCGGGUUGGAUGGAAGACCUCUGCAGAGGACAAAGAAUCUCUUGUUGCGCUUAUUGAAGACCGUGCAAUAGCAUCCGCCAAGAUCUCAGCAGUGGUCUAUAGAAGGGUUCCUAUAUAGAGUUGAUUGACGAGGAGAUAUCUAUCGUAGUCAAGUGCUAAUUUUCAGUUCCAUCAAUACAAGGGUGUAGCUUAUCACGUAAAGAAAACAGGCAAAGAUGAUCCAAUGAAUGGGCGCACGCCAACACGUGCUGGAUGGUCCGUGUCAUGAUUAGUAUAAGCGGAUUCAAGUCCUACCGUCCGUCUCCAGUAUGCCCGCGCCCUGUAACUGAGCAACGCACCAGUGCGCAGAUCAGAAAACGACUGGAAAGCCUCCGUGCCACGCCUAAAUCUGGCGUCAAAGUCGUCAUCAACGUAGGUGGGCGGCGCUUCAUAACAUGGGAAGACACCUUAAGGAGAUUCCCACACACACUUCUCGGCAGCGAGGAGCUCAGCUCGAAAUUCUACGACAAGGAACGUAAAGAAUACUUUAUCGAUCGCGACCCACAUUUGUUCCGCUAUAUUUUGAAUUACUAUCGUAAUGGUAAACUACAUCGGUCGCUUGAGGACUGCACUGAAAGCUUCGAAGAGGAGCUAACGUUUUACGGCAUUCGAUCAAAAGAGGUGCAUGAUUGCUGCUUCGAUGAGGACCAGGACAUGGAAAAGGAGGAUAUGGAGAAAAAAAGACUCGAGGCUCUAGAUAAAGAGAAGUUGGCCCUUAAACUUCCUACGACUAAAAUUGGUAAAUUUCGGCGGUAUAUUUGGAAGACGAUGGAGGGUGAGAUCGAAAAAGGCCCGAGGGCUGUGAUUGGCAUGGGGCUGAUCUAUUUUGUGGGAUUGUUUAUUCUAUUAAGUAUCUUCACUACUGUUUACGAGACUGUCCCAUGCCAGGGCGGAGUUCACGUGUGCAAGGAACGGACACGAAUUCUGGACUUGUUGGAUGAGAUUUGUAUCGGCAUUUUCACCGUCGAGUUUCUCGUCCGAUUAUCUGUGUGUCCAGACUACUUAGUAUUCAUUAAAACCCCGAUGAAUGUCAUCGACUUUUUCUCCAUUCUACCGUUCUACAUGCGUCUUCUGCUUCAGUCUGUCGCAGGAAGUAACUUGGAAGCAUUUGUGGUGCUAAGAGUACUAAGAAUAUUUCGCGUCUUUAAACUAUCCCGGCAUUCUAAGCGGUUGCAACGUUUCGGUUCUGCCAUUAUUACGUGUAUCAAGGAUAUGACAUCACUGAUGUUUGUACUGUUCAUCUUUAUCAUCCUGUUUUCGAGUAUGAUGUACUUCAUUGAGCGAGAUGCGGUGGAAGGCAUGUUUACUAGCAUACCGGACAGCAUGUGGUUUACUAUCGUAACAAUGAUUACAUUAGGGUACGGAGACAUGGUACCCUCUACCACCAUGGGCCAGAUCCUCGGCGCCGUGUGUUGCGUGUCAGGUGUAAUCCUGAUCGCACUGCCCAUCCCCAUCAUCCAAGAAAAGGACAUCUUUAAGAAGAAUAUGCUGACAGUCUAUAACGUCGAAGACCUUCAGAAAAAGAUAGAGCAGAUGAGGGCGGGUGGGGGUGAGGACGGCGACGAGGGACGGGUUAGGCCCAACAACAACAGCAAUGAUAACAACAAUAAUAACACAAACAAUAAGCAACACAGCCAAAGGUGACACUACAAGUCACACGAGUACCAUGAAGCCCAAGACCGCUGGCUUUUCGAGAAUGAAUGGACAAAGGCUUACAGUGCGACGAGGAAUGAAAUGACCGCAUUGAUUCAUUGACUACGACCAAUGGCAAGUGAUAAAAAUGCUCGUUAGUAAUCAUUCCAUGUAUGUUGUCUAUCAUUCUGAUCCAACUGGAAAAGAGUGCUAAUUAGUUAAAAGGAAUGUGUAGCAAAAUCAGGAAAGCAGCUCUGGGUGUUCAAUCCUCUUUGGAGUUUCCCCUUAACAGUUUAUGUUUUGGCGUAUUUGACUUCGAUUUCUGUCAGCCUUUUUUCGCUCACAACCUCAACUUAUGUCUUUUUCAACUUCAACUUAGAUGACAGAGAGACUUUUAAAAGAUUGUAAUUUGAUAAGUCACCAUGCAGCCAUGCCGUUAUCUAGUGCCUUCCUUCAACACGCAAGGAGGCUUAAGGGGCACCGUCAACCUUUUUUUCUGAUACUCUCAGGGUCAAAUUCUAUGAUUCAUCGAACACAUCGAGUGGGGUGACUAAGAGAGCAUAAAAAUUUAUGUGUGAUGUAUACAGAAUCUUGCAGAUUUCGGCAACAUGGACAACGCGACGAAGCCCCUUCGCCUUUCACAAUCCUUUCACAAGCCCUUCACAUUAAGGAAGUCGGGUUUUCACUAGCGUGCGUGUGCAGGUGCACGUAGAGAGUGAAGAAGAACCGAAUAAUGGCCACUUUUCUUCCUUCGCCACUUGAGUCUUCUUAGCGCCUUUAUGCUCUCUCAAGUCCCGGCUUCCCUCGCUAGUGAGAACCCGGCUUAAGAAAAAUACAUUUAAGACUUCGUUGGUUCUAUCAGCUAGUCUGACACAAAAAAGCGUUGAUGGAGGGGAGGGUAAUGGCCGGUAAUAAGCGAGAAUGACACAAGAACUUGAAGAACUACGUCAGAUUGUUACGACGAUCGUAAAAAAACUAUUUUUAUAUUGACUUUCAUGAACUUUUCAACAUAUUUUAUGCGUGUAAAAAUUAGUUAUACCUGGUUUGCGUGCCGCCUUCAGAUUUGUGCUUGAAAAGUGUAAAAUAUCGGUUUAAUAUUGAAUAAAAUAUUAGCAAACUGUC